GAUCCAUGUAAUUGUAGUAGACGAAUCAACAACUCAAAAAAGUCUUCUACUCUCCAUAACUUUUCAAUGGUUACCAAAACUUCGCAACGCUUUCAUUUGCGUCUCAUUCUUCUAGUCUUAACAAUAUUAUCCAAGUCCCAAACUAUCAACUUGGUCGGUGGGUUCUCCAUCAGAGAAGCUACAUUGGAUGAUCUCCAUUUGGCUUUCAGGCAGAACCAACUCACUUCGAGAAAACUCGUUGAGUUCUACAUUCGUGAAAUUAACAGGCUUAACCCCAUCCUAAACGCGAUCAUAGAAGUGAACCCAGAUGCGCUUUAUCUAGCUGACAAGGCUGACAAGGAACGGAAGGCUAACUUCCCUGGCUCGCUAUCCAAAUUGCAUGGUAUCCCAAUUCUUGUGAAGGAUUUGAUUGGAACCAAGGAUAAGCUCAACACUACUGCUGGCUCGUUUGCGUUGCUUGGCUCGGUGGUGCCUCGGGAUGCUGGUGUUGUAUCCAAGUUGAGAAACGCUGGAGCUAUCAUACUGGGAAAGGCCAGUAUGACCGAGUGGGCUAGUCUUAGAUCGCUCAAUAUACCCCUUGGCUGGAGCGCCAGAGGUGGCCAAGGAAAGAAUCCGUAUCUUCUAUCCGCAACACCUUGUGGGUCAAGCAGUGGAUCAGCAAUAUCAGUUGCAGCAAAUUUGGUAUCAGUGUCAUUGGGUACUGAAACUGACGGCUCCUUGCUUUGUCCUGCUAGUUAUAACUCUGUGGUUGGCAUUAAACCCACUGUUGGCCUCACCAGCCGAGCUGGUGUCAUCCCUUUCAGUCCAAGACAGGACACUAUUGGGCCUAUCGGCAGGACAGUAUCGGAUGCUGUCUCUGUUCUUGAUGCUAUUGUUGGCUUAGAUUACAACGACCAAGCAACGACACGAGCAUCAAAGUACAUUCCACCUGGCGGUUAUAAACAAUUUCUAAAAGUUGAUGGUCUAAAAGGCAAGAGAUUGGGUAUUGUUAGGGACCCUUUCUUCACUUCUGGAACUGGAUCUCUACAAUCACAAGCAUUUGAAAAUCAUUUUCAAACUUUAAGGGAAAAAGGUGAAAUUUUGAUCGACAAUUUAGAAAUAGCCAACAUUUACGAAAUCUUGAACAUCACGGCGAGCGGUGAAGCAACAGCUAUACUGGCAGAGUUCAAAUUAUACUUGAAUCAAUAUUUAAAGAAGCUUGUGGUUUCCCCAGUUCGAUCCUUAGCAGAUGUGAUAGCCUUCAAUCAAAGGUACCCAGAUUUGGAAUUGACAGAGGAAUAUGGGCAAGAAGUAUUUCUUGCAGCGCAAGCCACAAAUGGGAUUGGGGAUAUGGAGAAAGCUGCAAUAUUGAAUUUGGAAAGACUAAGUAGAGAGGGAUUUGAAAAGCUGGUGACAGAGAAGAAUCUAGAUGCAUUAGUGAGUCCUGGUCCUGAUGUUUCUCCUGUGCUUGCAAUUGGGGGAUUUCCAGGAAUUAAUGUGCCUGCUGGGUAUGAUGACGAUGGUGUUCCAUUUGGCAUUAAUUUUGGGGGACUAAAAGGCUCAGAGCCUAAGCUAAUUGAGGUUGCAUAUAGUUUUGAGCAAGCCACAAAAGUUAGGAAGCAGCCACCUACACUUCAACCUUAGUCAAAUUAUUCACCUAAAAAAAGUCUUCAUCAAACCUCAUACCUGUAUAGACUCGUGUGGGAGCUCAGUGGUUAGCACACCACAGCCCGGCCAGUGGAAGUUGGGUUGGAGUCUUGGGGGGAAGGGGAUGCCAGGGGGCAUAGCCAAAAAAAAAACCUCAUACCUAUAUAAAUAUAGUAUCUUAUGAAAUUCUGAAAUAACAUGAUGUGAAAUCAUCUAUCACCAGUAAUAAUUUAUCUUUAUUUUGCAGACUAUAU